GUCCACCGAAGAAGAAGCCGAGCCAGAGUGCAGCAGCAGCCGUUGUUCGCAGCUAGCAGCUAGCAGCUAGCAGCCAUGGCGGCAGUGCGCAGCUUGCGGGUGUCGGUGAAAUCAGACAGCGGCUCGGACCGCUCGGACUCGGACUCUGACUCCGAGUCGGACAGAGAUGCCCGUGAAGCCGAACCGAUGGAGGUGGAGGAGGGAGAGGUGGAGGCGGAGGACAUAUCCGUUAACCGUUCCCUGAAGGAGCUGCUGCCGGACACGAGCCGGAGAUACGAGAACAAGGCUGGAGCCUUCAUCACCGGGAUAGACGUCAACUCAAAGGAGGCCAUUGAGAGAAAAGAGAAGCGAGCGAGGCGUUUCCAUUUCUGUGCAGAGGAGAGCGUCGGUCAGAGGAACGUCUUUCUGGAUAAAGACAUCAUGAAGAAAGCUAUCCCCAGUCUGCGCCUGGAGGCGAUCUACGUGACGGGCGUGGACGACAUGAGCACUCAGGAUGUCUUCGGAUAUUUUAAGGAAUAUCCUCCAGCUCACAUCGAGUGGAUCGAUGACACUUCCUGUAACGUGGUUUGGCUCGAUGACAACACGUCUGUCCGAGCCCUCAUCAACAGCAGCCGGAUGCCCGACCCGGACGCCGUCACCGCGGAGACGGAGGACACCGCCCCACCUGGAGAACCGGUCAAAGGUCGUCGGGGUCAAGGGUCGGACGAUGAAGAGGAAGAGGGUGAGGUGGACGAGGACGAGGAGGAGACAGCGAAGAAGAACAGGGAGGAGAUCGAGGUGAAGGACAGCGACGGAGAGGCGGAGCAGAAAAGCAAGGCGGAGGGCGUCCAGAUGGACGACCUGUCGGGGGCCGAGAGAGACUCUCUGCUGAGGAACGACCUGAGACCGGCCAUCAAACCCUUCAAAGGAAACAAACUGCUGCUGCGCUUUGUUUGUGCAGACGAUAAGAAGGAGUUGGGUGCCGCUCGUCGCAGCAGAUACUACAUGAAGUACGGGAACCCGAACUAUGGAGGCAUGAAGGGAAUCCUCAGCAACUCCUGGAAGAGGAGGUACCACAACCGGCGGAUCCAGCGAGACGUCAUCAAGAGCAAGAAGCCUCUGAUUGGAGACAGCAUGGGACACACGCCGCCGUACACACACCGACACUCCGCUGACCUGGUCAACCUGCCCGAGGAGCCCAUCAAGGAGGAAGAGGAGGAGGACGAGGACGAGGAAGACGGCGACGAGGACAUGGACUCAGACGACCGGGUGGUGGAGUACAAAGAGCGAGGGGACCGGGAGAGAGGCGAAAGGGGCGGUGCCAGCAGCGGUGGCUCCCGUCCUGUGGGGGCGGGGCUCCGCAGCCGGGCCGAGCGCUCGCCGUCUCCCUGGUCGGAGUCGGACGAGAUGGACUACGACCUGGAGCUGAAGAUGAUCUCCACGCCGUCACCGAAGAAGAGCAAGAAGAUGACGAUGUACGCCGACGAGCUGGACACGCACCUGAAGAGCAUCCGGAACAGGAUCGGGGGGUCGGGAUCACAGAGCAGGCCCAAAUCCACGUCGCCUGCCAAGGUGACGGAUGUGCGUCAGCUGCUGGAGGAGAAGAGACAGGGCCUCUCUCAGCACGUACAGCCCCCCCCGGUGGCUGCCAGCGGGAAGACAGACGUACGGCAGCGGCUCGGGAAAAGGCGUUACUCCCCCGACGGACGGCGCUCCCCCUCCCCUGCCUCCCCCAGGGACACGCCUCCGGCCAGAGAGCCAGUCAGAGACGUACACCGCAGACUGGGCGUGGUCAGUCAGGACAACAGAGGACUCUUCUCCAACUCAUCCAAAGACAGAAAGACAAGCGGCCUGUGGAGCAGACUCGGCUCCGCUGACGACGAUGGCGGCGGCGCCGUGCGUCAUGAGCGAGGCUCGAGCAGCCGGUCGUCUGGCCUGUUCUCCCCCUCCUCUUCCUCCUCGGCCAUGAGUAAAGCUGGCAGCAGUGCCGCCGGCAGCAGACGAGGCGACGGCGAGGAGGAAGAGGAGGUGGAGGAGGAAGACGACUCGACGCUGCAGAAGAUGUGGGGCGCCAUGAUCAAACAGAAACAGGAGCGUGUGACCCACAAGAUGAAGAAGAGCCGGCUGGACAACCUGCCGUCGCUGCAGAUCGAGAUCAGCCGCGACAGCAGCGACGACUCGGACGCCUGAAACCGACGACGGAGGAAGAAAGCGCCGGAGUUUGUUUCUCUCGAACUCUUCAAGUACAACAAUAUACAGACAUAAAGCGGUCAGACUGCAGACCUGAGGCCAGUGUGCUGCGUUUUCUUUUAUUGUUUCAGUGUGUAUCUGCAGUCUGUGGAUGGGUUAGUGACGGGGUCCACCAGGCACAGACCCAGGGGCCCUUGGGGAUAAAGGGCCCCUGUUUAUAGAAACCAUUAACAUUUCCUAUUGUCCUGAUCAGAGUCUCUUCAUAUCGAGAAUCUGCAGCCAAACACAAACUCCAGUAAUGUCGUUAAAAGGCCCAACUCUGGUGUAGCAGCAUGAAUUUCUUCUGAAGUCUCUUUUAUGUCCGUUUCAUCUAAAUACUGAAGUUCAGCUGCAGCAUUUAAACCAUCAGCAGCACCUGAGAACUGUCACUGCAAAGUGUCACUAACAGACUCAAUGCGACCCCGGAGACUCAACGCGACUUUGUCUGGUCAUCCAUCCACGCUCCUGUGCCGAUAUUUAAUAGCCACACACACUCCCAGAUGUUCGGGAUGAAACAGAGCAUCAUGGGAAACCCAAUCAGAUCUCCUCUCCUGGUUCUGUACAUCAGCAUAAAUCAUUCCUACGUUGCACGCCGUCGGCCUCGUGAACCACCAGACGUCGUCUGAGAAUUGAACCCUCAACCCUGGUGGUCGACGCUCGGGACCAACGAGCUCCUGCAUCAAAUCCAACCUGAUACAAAACUUCAUUUACCAAACUUGUGUUUCCACGUUGCAUUGGCCCGUUCAGUCUGAGCAGAGCGGUGCUGUUCGUCCUCCCUGUGGACAGCGAGGGGAAGACGGACAAAGACGAGAGGAUCAACAAAAGAUGGACAGACGGAAACAAUCGGACUCGAACUGCAGACGCCUCGUUGUUUGUCUUCGCGUUCGUCUUAACGCAGAAAGAAUUGAUGAGACUCUUAGAAGAAAGAGGGAUUAUUGUCUGAUGGUGAAUCUCCUCAAGGUGACAUUUUGGUACAUUUUUUAAUCACUUUGUCUGUUAUUGAACAACAUGGGAGCUCCUGUAGCGCUGUGUGUCUGUAUUUCACUUCCUGCUGUUUCUCUGGUCACAUCAUCUGUGUUAUUAUGUUUCUUUCAUGUUUUUUAUUGAAACUUUGGGGCCACGGGAGACGUCACUACUGCUCAUGAAUUUAAAUGAUCAUUAAAAUGUUGGCCGGUGCUUUAUUUUCUGUCUGUAAUUUCAGAAUGAUUUCCUCUGUGUUUAACCACAAAGAAUGAUGUAAUUAUAGAGACAGUAGAGACGCCUUUAACUCAGCUGAACAUUUGUCCACAGGAAACGUAUGUGACAAAUAAAGUUGCCAAUCAUAAUAAUUACAA